ACCGCGAGCCUCAGCGAUACCGAAUCGGCCCGGCCACUAUCUCCCGAGACUGACAUCGAUGAUGAAUUUAACUACCCGCCUCCUAACGAAAAUCAGCCGAUCAUGGCCGCGGCACAUGCCCUUCACCAGGAGGCGAGAAUGUGGUACAGUCGUGAUAACGAUCUGAUUGCAGCCACCAAACGCAUCGCUAGCCUAAUGGCCAAAUUGAGUCAGAUUGUUCGCAUUUUCACUCUCCUAAUAAUUUACCUCUCGUAA